AUGGUCGACAGCUCUAGCUCGCAUCUACUUCCCUCGACGCCUAAGAUGCGUCUGACAACCAUGUUCGGCACCUCUGCCCUCCUCCUUGCCCUCACUCACCUUGGGUUCGUCUCUGCUCAAACCUUCCAACGUCUCGGCACCUGCCCCUCCCUAGGAUGUGUCUUUCCACCUGACCAGACCGACUUCUUGGCUGGGCAACUGUUCGACAUUCGUCUCGAAAUCCAUGCACCAGUGAACGGCAGUGAGGCGUCCAAUGGAGGAGUUCCGGACGAGAAUUUCACUUUUUGCAUUCAAAGUGGCAAGGGUGCCUGUCAGGAUGUAACAAAGUAUUUCACAGUCCAGGACUCUCCCAUCGAAAAAUGGUCUUUCUCCUAUUACGAGGACCUGUUCGCGAAGGAUGCGGGAACACCCAUUGUGGUUAACGUUGCGUCCAAAGCGUAUCGUGCUCUCUCGUUGAGCAAGCCUGGAGCUUAUACAGCCAAGUUGGUUUAUAAUGGUGGUUUCCAGACAGUCGCUAACUGGGUUGUACGUGAACCUGCCACCCGACGCAAGGCGAAGAAUGUUCUGUUUUUCAUCGGAGAUGGAAUGACUCAGCCCAUGAUUACUGCCGCUCGCCUGAUCGCUCACAAGUCUAUCAAUGGAAAAUACCAAAGUUUGAUGCAGAUGGACCAAAUGGAGGCCCUUGGACAUCAAAUGACACACUCCAUUGACUCCUUCAUCACCGACUCGGCAAACUCAGCCACUGCUCUCUACACGGGCAAGAAAUCCUCGGUCAACACUUUGAACGUCUGGGCUGAUAGCUCUGCGAACUCUCUGGAUGACCCCAAGGUCGAGACAAUCGCUGAGCUCUUCCGCAGGCGCAUCGGUGGUGCUUUGGGGAUUGUUUCUACUGCAUACAUUGCCGAUGCUACACCAGCUGCUCUCUGCGCUCACACUCGUGAUCGUGGCCAAUAUGUAACCGUCGUCACCGAAUAUCUCACCAGCGCUGAAGCCGUCAACUCUACGUUUGCUUGGCCUACGAGCUGCAAGGAGCCUGAUGUUAUCUUCGGAGGCGGUGCAGAGCAAUUCUUCCCAGGCAGGGGCUCACCCAAUGGGUCCGACUACUAUCAGGCAUUCCGGGACAAGGGAUACAACGUCGUGUUGAGCAAUACUGAGCUCCAAGCCGCGAGCUCCAAGGCGAAAACGCUUGGAAUUUUCUCCGUUGGAAACUUGGCGAAGUGGAUUGAUCGUAACGUUUUGAAGGAGAACCUCAAGGGCCAAAGGAACAGCCCCACUGGCGACGGCACCGAUGCUCUUGACCAACCUGGAUUGAAGGAUAUGACUUUGAAGGCCAUCGACAUCCUCCAGGCCAGGACGAAGAGGAACGAAGGGUGGUUCAUGAUGUACGCCACCGCUUGUCUGAAGCUGCCAGUAUCGACAAGGCAUGUUCCCGUCUCGCUAUAG